AUGAAGUUCCUCUGUCUGCACGGUUCGUAUGGCAGUGCUACAAACUUCCAAGCCCAGUUAAACAAUCUUGCACAGGAGUUGGAAAAGCUACACCAGUGCGAAUUUCGAUGGAUAGACGGCCUUUAUCCAACUGAACCGCCGAAGGGAUUCAGUAAUUACUUUGGGGCGCCACCGCUAUACAACUUUACUCAACAUGACGACGCCGAAUCCCGCGACUCCUUCGUUGAUAGACUCCGGCAAUUCCCAGUCGGGAAAUCGCCUGAAGAUUCGCUCCGGCUUUUUUUCAAGGAUCAGAAUCUCUAUGCCAGUGCUUCCGUUCAGCGAACCAUAGAAAAUUUGAAAGAUACCAUAUCUUCGGACCCUGAGAUACAGGGAAUCUUAGGAUAUUCGGAAGGGGCCAUGAUUGCUGCCUCCUUGAUUGUUGAAGAGCGACGAAAUUUUGAAAAAGCUGAAGUGCCGAGGAAAAUCAAGUUCGGGGUUUUCUUUGCUGGUUGGCCACCCGUUCGCCUCGAGGGAGGCCAGAUUAAAUGUCUACUUCCAGGCGAGUGCGACGACAUUAUCGACAUCCCGACGUGCCAUAUUGUGGGGAUUGGCCAGACUGUAAGGUGCUCUCAGCAAGCUGAGAGCGCGGGCGGAAGGAUAAGGGCAGGCACAAUUUAG